AUGGCCGCUGCAGCGCUCGAAGGCGCACCCGUCCUCUCGACGCCCGACACGCACCUUUUCGAAGACCCCACGCCGCCCAUCGACGCGGCGAAACUGUCGCACGAGCAGAUUGCGCUCACGUACGAGAUCGAACGCACAGUCCGCGAGAUACGAGAGGGGCAAUGGAAGAGAAUCGCGCUGCAGUUCCCAGACCACAUGCUCUGCGAUGCUCCACGGGUAUUCGAGCACUUGGCCCGCGGCUUGAAAGCACGGAGAAGGCAGAAUGGCAGCGGGGCUGAAAAACAAAGACUGGAUACAACAACAACAACAACGGCAGCGGAAGAGCAAUUGAGUGCAGACUUGGAGAAGACGACGCUGCAGGAAGACCAUGAUGGCGCUGAUGCAGACGAAAAACUGUUUAUACUAGGCGACUCCUCGUACGGCGCAUGCUGUGUAGACGAAGUCGCCGCCGAGCACGUCGACGCAGAUGUUGUCGUACACUACGGCCGUUCGUGCCUGUCGCCGCCCUCGAGACUGCCCGUCAUAUACGUUUUCACGGCGCGCGAGCUGGACGUUGAUGCAGCGGUAUCCACGUUCCAAGAUACGUAUCCCGAGAAGGAUAAGAAGGUCGUGCUCAUGGCGGAUAUCCCGUUCUCGCACCAUAUCCCCGCGCUGCACCAGCGCCUGCGCGACGCGGGAUACACGAAUCUGUUCGCCACAGAGAUACUGCACCAGCCGGCUUCGCCGCUGCCAAACCGGAGCGUGCCGCAUGAUGUAGUCGGAUCAGAAGAUGCGCUGCGCGAGUAUGCUCUGUUCCAUGUUUCGGAUCCGCCGACUGCGCUGCUUCUUGCGCUGUCGUCUCGCGUCGCCUCGAUCCAUAUCUACCCUACGACAACGACUCCAGCUUCUCCUUCUGGCCCUACCGCCUCCCUCGCAAGCACAGCAAAAGCUCUCAACCGGCGCUACGCCCUGUUAACGUCGCUCUCCACAACCCCCAUCUUCGGCAUCCUGAUCAACACGCUCUCAGUGAAAAACUACAUGCACAUCCUCGCGCACGUGCAGCGCCAAAUCGCCGCCGCGGGCAAGAAAUGCUACACGUUUGUCGUAGGCAAGGUCAACGCGGCCAAAGUGGCGAAUUUCAGUGAGAUUGGCGGUUGGGUCGUCAUCGGCUGCUGGGAAAGCAGUCUGAUUGAAAGCAGCGACUUCUGGAAGCCCAUGAUUACGCCGUGGGAAUUGGGACUCGCGCUGCAGGGCGAUGCAGAGAGGGUGUGGACAGGGGCGUGGGAACCGGAUUUCCAGAGGGUCCUGGAUGACACUGGUAAACAUGAGGGAGAGAAGAACAAGGAGAACAAGGAGAAGAAUGUUGAGCAAGAGGCUACGCUGAGAAAUAGGGAGAAAGAAGCCGGGCAAAUGCACGACGAAGACGUGGAUGAAGAUGAAUCUGAACCCCCGGAAUUCGAUCUCAGAACGGGCAGAUAUGUAUCCCAUGCUCGGCCUAUGCGCUCCACAGCUACAAAAGCUGUCGCUGCUGCUGCUGCUGGUUCCACUACGGAUUCCUCGGCACCAUCAGCAACUAGCUCGGCGCUCGCAAAACGAGCAACAGGCGAUAUCACAGCUGUCGGUGGUGUAGCAUCUCCCGGUGCAGAGUACCUGCGUUCGAACCGUACGUGGCAGGGUCUGGGCAGUGAUUAUCGAGAUGGAGAGGACCAGGAAGGCGCUGAGCAUGGUGCGAAUAGAGCGGCGAAGAUGGAAGAGGGGAGAAGCGGGGUUGCGAGGGGGUAUGUUGUUGGCGGUGAAGACACAAGGCAUUGA